AUUGCGUAUCCCUAGUCGGGUGUAGUUGAAGUAGAGUAGUGUAAACAUGAGAGUUUUCUAAAUAAUUGUUGCUUUCAUUGCAUUUUUGAACAGUUUUUAUGAUUAUACGGGACAGAGAAGUGUAAUAUUUAUUAUUUUUGUGAUAUUAUCUUUAAGAUGUAAUAGUGAUUAAAAUUAUUCAAUUUUGCUACUGAAACCUUUCAAUGGCUAGUGACAACGACAAAAGUUGUACUAAUCAUAACUCAGAUGGUUCACUGAAGCCCAACAAGAAUCACGGAAAUAUUGCAAAUAUUGGUGAAACUGGAGAAAAGACAAACUUGGGUGCGUUUCCUGUGGGAAAAGGAGGGCGUCACUUAUCUGUGCCAUUUGAUUCCACUACAGCUAACGGUGACCUAACUAAGAAACAGAAUGGAUCGACGGUGCGCACGAACAGUCUUGGUUCGGGUGCGCGUACGCCACCAGUCGAGAGAACCAAAUCUAAGUUCUCCGCAUUCGGUAGACUCUUCAAACCUUGGAAGUGGAAACGGAAAAAGAAAUCAGAGAAAUUUGAAGCGGCUUCUAGAACAUUAGAAAGAAAGAUAUCCGUCCGAGCAAAUAGAGAUGAACUAGUGCAGAAAGGUAUCCUCUUGCCAGAGAGCCCAGUGACGCCGGUGGCAGAAGCCAGUGAAGAAUCAUCACCGACGUACGAUGAAGGUCGUAACGAGCCGACUAACCCUGGCCCCGACCGUAAUUUGGUGAGCAUGCAUGCAGCGCUGCAAGCGCAGCUCGCGUCGCAACUUGCGCAACAACAAGCAGCAUUAGCGGCCGCCGUAGCAGCAGCCGCUGCGGCCCACCAUCAUCACCAGAACAAUAAUGUCAUCGAACCAAAGAAAGACAAAUUGGAAAAUGGUGGGGAGCUGGUGAGGCCUGAGCGACCCAACUCCUUGACAGCAGUCGGGAAAAUCCCGCGGCGGAUAUGCUAUCAAGGGGACGUUGGUGGGUACGGGGCGUCCGGCGGCGACGGUGGCGACGAGCCUCUAGUUCUCUCAGAGUUGCCAGAGCCACCUAUCGCCUUAUCCGAGAUUGGACCUAUCCCACCGCCGCCCAUGUUCAGCUCGCCAAGCCCUACCCGCCACCACCAGCAUCAACACGCUAUUGUUCAGCAUCCUCUGUCUGACUCCGAGGAGGAGGACGAACAGGAGGAUGAAGAUACUCCCCUCCCUAUGAGCGACGCGGCACGUGUGGAAGAGAUUCCGCCGAAGGAGCCGAGCUUUAACGCCGUACCGCUCAAGUCUGCGCUCAAGAAACGGCCCGCGCCAUCCGCCUCGCCGGCCGCCACGCCGCUCGCAACACCCCUCGCGCCACGCCAGGACCACCACCACGCUAGCUUCAAGCGGCCGCCGCCUAAACCGAGGAUCCGCAUAUGCAGUCGGCCUGUUCGCGUAGGCAACGCGGUGGAGAAUAAAGAGAACGCCCGUCCUUGGGAGGGUGAAUAUCGUGAUGACUACGCUACGGAGUCAGAACGCGUUGCCGCCAAACUCGCCCGUAAGGAAAGUCUCAACAUCAAGCUAGCACUGCGUCCCGAUAGACAAGAGCUCAUCAACAGGAAUAUACUGGUAGUGCAGAGUGAGCACGAGCGGCAGGAGUCGUGGGAAGCGAUCGGUGCUCGUCUCAUCCGCCGGCUGUCGAUGCGGCCCACCGCCGAGGAACUAGUCGAGAGGAAUAUACUCAAAAGUCAAUCACCCGCCGAAGAAAAAAAACAGAAAGAAGAAAAGAAGAGGUAUCUCCUACGCAAACUUAGCUUUCGACCGACGGUCGAUGAACUCAAGGAAAAGAAGAUUAUUAGGUUCAGUGACUACAUUGAAGUUACUCAGGCGCACGAUUAUGACCGGCGCGCCGACAAGCCGUGGACGAGAUUGACGCCUCGCGACAAGGCCGCCAUACGACGUGAGCUCAACGAGUUCAAGAGCUCAGAGAUGGCAGUGCACGAGGACAGCAAACAUCUCACCAGGUUCCAUAGACCAUGACGGCUGUGCGCGAUAGGCGGGCCCGCGGCGGGGGCGUGAACUCGGCCCCGGACAGACGGACACGGACGCAAUCACACGCCGACCGCAGCUGCCCGCAGCGGUAAAGUGUUGAAUAUUCUAAACCAACGUGCACACACACAUACCACUCUGCCCUCCCUAGCCUAAAUCGCAGUAACUGCAAACUUUGCGAUUUUUGAGUUUAGUAACAGUAUUUUUGUUUUCUUUUGAUAUCAAGCCGCCUAAUUUGUUUUAUCUAUAAAUACGCUAAGAUUUCCAUCACAUGUGCAGUAAGUUUUUUUUUUUAAUUUUUUUUAUUCAAUAUAAUAUCAAAACCGUCGAAUAUGCAGUAACUUUGCUGCGUUUUAAAUAUCUUAAAACAAUUUAGCAAAAAUCUCGAAGCAGUAAUAGGGGUUAAAAAAAUUUAGUGGCUAUAAUUAUUUAAUUUUUCACGUUUCCAACUUGAAAUUACAAUUUAUUUUAGUAUUCUUGCUUUUUUUACACUUUGAAUAAAAAUUUUUAUCAUAAACAGUGAUUUGUUAAAAAUACACAAAAUUUAAUCUUCACUCGCGUUUUUCUCGAUUUCUUGUUUUUGGUAUUACUGCGGUUUAGGCUCGGGAACGCAGCGCUGUUCCCACGUUACAUUAUGUUAACGCGUAUCGUGUGUGCGAUCAUUUAAACGAUUUUUACUUGUAUCGUAGUUAUUGCCGAGUACAAUUUAUUAUUACAUAUUUUAAUUAUUAUUAUUAUUAAAUCGUUUUAUGUUAAGUUGACGUAUUCUAAGCGUACCUAUACAUUCUUUGAAUUGACCUUCGCGAAAGGUUAGUGAUACUGAUUAUUGUGGUGGAGAUUAUGCGCUUCGAUGCUCGGUGAACUGUGAGAUUUACGAGUGAAUUAUUUUGAUAUGUGAGACGUAUCCGACGUAGAGUUCUUGUAGUCUUGUGAUUUUUAUUAUAUUGCUAGCUUUUAGCUUAUUAGUCGUGUUAAGCUAGAUUCGUUUUGAAAAAUAUUUAUUUAUUCUUAUUUUAAAAUUAUAAAUUUGCUAUUAUUACGGUCACAAUUUCGAUAUUUUAAUAAAUAAUUUCACACUUUGAGUAUUUGUAGAGUAAGCGGCGUACAGCGAACGAGUUUCCGUUUAGUUUGCACUUUAGAUGGUCGUACGUUAAUUUGCCUCGGCUGCAUCGUUCAGAACGCGAGAUACUACCAAUGAUUUUCACUACUUAUUCAUUGAACUGUGAAACUAUUGUUCAUUGUCCGGAUGUGUGACUUUUGAAUGUCGGUAGAUGCGGAGAUAUAGGUGUCAUAUUGGAUAUGAAAACGAAAUGUUGUACAAUCGACUCUGCGUUGUUUCUAUCUGUCGAAUAAAACGUCUUAGAAGUGCUUCCAAUGCUGUGCAACAUAACAAUAAUGAUCUGUACAGGACUCGGUUCCUAUGUAACAUAAGUUGUUUAAUAGCGUUCUCGUAGUUAUUGAAUAACUGUAAUGCAUGUCUGUUAGUUAAUUCAAUAUUAAUAAAAAAAAAAGAAUAUAUUUCGAUUUUUCUCAAAAUUUCAAUUUCGUUUUAGUACUAAUAUUUCACCUACUAUCACUAUCUCAACGAAUAAAAUACUGUAUUAGUAAAAUUUAAAAGUUUAUUGUUAUAAAAGUAGUUAGUUUUCAUAUUACGCUUCAUAAUGUAUUCGAGGUACGUGUAUAAUUAAUUAUAUGCAAUAAUUAUUAAAUGGUUUCAUAAUUAGAACUGUAAUCUCCGCACGAUGUGAGGUGAACUAAAUUAAGUUUUACGAGAUUAUCUUAAAUUAAAACUCGGUCCAGUAAUGGGAUUCCUUUAAUACAGGGAUGGAUCAGUGAUGGGCAACUGAGUCGUAUGUUUAUAGGGACAUUGUGAAAGCACUCACUGACGCAGCUCAAUGACGGACGAGGCGUAGAUAGGUUUUAUAUAAAUCCAUCUUGACGACGCGAGCAACCUUAGUGGGAACAACUUGUAGUCGACUUGUCGCUCUAGCUUAGACGUAAGCUAUACAAAGUCGAAUUAACUAUUCCGAUUAAACAAUUAAAACUAAAAUUAUGGAAUGACUAUUUAAUAAAUUGUAGUUGUCAUGUCAAAGUACUGCCCUUUGAGAUUACAUUCUUUAGUUGGUAAACCUCGUAUCUCGGUUCGGUCUUUAUUUGAAAUAUACGAGUUCUAGAAAUAAUAAACGGUUAACAAAAUCAAAUGACUGUAAAUUCUCUUAUAACAUAAUUACAAAGCUUGCUUGACAGAAGUCGCGCAGUUUGUAACUGAAUAUUUUUAAAUUUCGAACGCAUCAAUAUUUUUAUACGAAUAUAUAUCAGAUGUGGAGUUAUGAGGUUUGCUUAUUAAGGUGACGAUACGGUAUAUGAAUGGUGACAUGUUUUUCUAAUAUUUUUUUUCUUCAUUAAAACAAUCACUAUUGUAGGUCGACUUGAUAGUAUAACGAGCAAUAAUAAUAAUGCUAUCGGUCUGUUUCGAUUGUUUAAAAGUUUUAAUGUUGAGAUUUUUUUACACAACUGUAUAGGUAGUUUACAUCGUAGUCUAACUUAAUAGAUAGGGAUCAGUUUAAUUUAAUAAAUCAUUUUUAUAAUGCGAUAUAUUAUUAUUGUUCAGUAGCGGUGCCAUUACUCGUGACGUGUUCGAUACUCGAUCAAUACCAAAUACAGUUCUUGUUGAAAUCUAUAUCUUAUGGAUUUGUCUAACUGUCAAUUUGGUGAAACAAUCUUUAUAAUAUUUAAAGAAUGUGCAUAAAGUUAGCUGUGACAUAAUUUGCACUGUCAUCAUGUAAUUUGCAUAGGUAAUAAGAACAUAUAUAUAUAUAAUACAUGAUAUCAACUCCAAUAAGAAUUCAUUGCAAAGUUAAGAUAGUAAACUGCAUAAUGUUUAUACAAUGGUUAUUCUUGAGACCAUUCCAGUUGAAAGUGGAAGCCAAAAUAAUGACUUAUUUUUCUAAACGAUUUUGUUAGAUUUGCAAUAAAAAGUAAGGUAACAUGUAGCUGUUUAUCGAUAUAUAAAUAUAUAAUAAUUAAGACAUUCAGAUUCCCAAAGAUCUAAGGCUCAACUAAAUUCUUUUAGCUAGCUUACAUAUUAUUGCCAUUGUUAACGUAUCUAUUUGUAUAUUGCGAAAUGUUACAUAUUGGCCGAUAUUAGUUUGUCUUGAGUGUGUUUUGAUGUAUACAAUAGUAUUGAUUUAAAUCUUACAGGCAUCACAAUAUUAUAUAGUGUGUAUAUAAUAUAAUAAUUUACCAAUAAAAUGUGAUACGAACUUUCUUAUUUUAAUAACCUUAUUUUACUAAGUCUGUCCUUAAUUAUUAUGAAUAUGUUAUAUUAUUAUUAUCGUUUAAUAUUUAAGGCUAGACGGACGCAACAUUUGAUUUCAGCUGUUGCUGAAUAUAAUUCGUUAUUUGUCUAGCCUCUCACAGGUUCGACGGGAUAAGUAAGUGGGCUUUGCAAUUGCUAUUGAAUGAUCUUUAACAAAGCAGAAAAAAAAAACUGCAACUAUCUGCCGACUAGUUUUGUGCAGAUACUUUCUGUAUUAUACGUAUUUAACGGAUUUCAUCCACAAAAUGUGGUCUGGUUAAUUUAUCUUAUUAUAUUUAGAAGCAACUUAAAUCAAGUGUUUUAUAAAUUGCGUUUUGGUGCUCAACGAGCAACAGUACAAUACUGUUAUCUUAUGGUCCACAUGAAAUUCUAUUCUGUAGCGUAUCGUUUACGCUGUAAUAUAUUGAAUUGAUAACUAUAAUAUUCGAUAUAGAUUACAUUAAUAAUCACAUACGCUAUUAAAAUUAUAAAAAAAAAUAUACUGUACUUGGACAAUCAGCUGGAGGCCAGUUUUAUAAGAUAUCAUCGUAAAGUUGAAUAGAAUUUAUAUAACUUGUGGAAUACAAGCUGAGCGCUUGUAAUUAUGUACUUGUUACUUGGUACCUAGGAGGUGUAUUUGUAUUACAUGGCAACAGAAUCUAAUGUGAUUAGGAUGUUUCUGAAGCAAUUAUAACGAUAAACAUUAUUUUUUAUUGAUGUCUGUAUAUAAUUUUAAUAUCAUGUACAUUUAUGGAAUCUCUUUUUAUUUCCAUUGAUAUCGUGCGUAUCGUUUGUGCUAUUACAUUAAAUAUAAUAAAAAAAUGCUAACUUCAGUAAUCUGUAUACUGUUGCUUUUAUUUUGAAUAUUGUGUAAAUUAUUAAUGACGUACUGUAAUGAGUAUAUUUACUGAUAGCCAUAAAAUAACUUGUUUUAUAUAAAAUAAGUUUGUAAAUACCAUGAUUAUACAUUAAGUUUUAUACUUGAU